UGUGAAUGGCACAACUGGAUUGUUCUUGUUAUUAAUGCUGUUGACAGUGCAAAGUUCUUCGAGUUGGACAUAAUAAUUUAGUAUGAGGUCAGACCAAGUUGAAAAAUGUGCACCAAGCAGUGAAUGGAAUGUGCUGUACUGGAUACUUGGGAGCAUCCUAAUGCCUGUGGCUUUGCCACUGGCCUUCAUUAAUUUAUGGCAACGCUUUCGCGUCCAGAAGUACCGAAACCAAUUACCCGGCAAAGUUGUGCUGAUAACUGGCGCCAGUUCUGGCUUGGGGGAGUCCCUUGCGCACGUCUUUUAUAAAGCGGGCUGUAAGAUUAUCUUAGCUGCCCGUCGGGUUGAAGAGCUGGAGCGCGUAAAGAAGGAUCUAAUGAAACUGGACGUUGAUCCCGCAUACCCGCCCACCGUUCUGGCCUUGGAUCUAUCUGAACUUAAUUCUAUGCCAGAUUUUGUUAAACGCGCUUUGGGUGUUUACAACCAAGUCGAUAUCUUGAUAAAUAAUGGUGGCAUUAGUGUACGCGCAGAUGUUGCCACCACAGCUAUUGACGUCGACCUAAAAGUAAUGGUGGUCAAUUAUUUUGGCACCGUGGCAUUGACAAAAGCGCUGUUGCCUUCUAUGGUAAAACGUCAGAGUGGUCAUAUAUGCUUCAUUAGCUCUGUGCAAGGAAAGUUUGCGAUACCUCAGCGAGCAGCUUAUUCCGCCUCCAAACAUGCACUGCAAGCAUUCGCCGAUGCGCUGCGUGCUGAGGUGGCCAAUAAGAAUGUGUACGUUUCCUGUGUCAGUCCUGGUUACAUACGCACACAGCUCUCGAUGAAUGCCCUGACAGGAGCGGGCACUAACUAUGGCAAAAUGGAUGAAACUACGGCCAAGGGUAUGUCACCCGAUAAGUUAGCGGAACGCAUAUUACAAUGCAUUAUGCGUAAGGAACCCGAUAUAAUUGUCAGCGAUGUCCAGGCUAAAAUUGCCUACUACUUACGUCAUUUGUUGCCCUCUCUCUAUUUUUGGAUUAUGGCUAAACGGGCCUCAAAAUUGGAAAAGUCUGAGAAAAAAGCUAAUUAAGUAAAUGUGUUUCGUUUCUGUAAGUUUA